AGGGAGGGCCGUGGAGGGAGGCAGGCUUCAGGCUUCAGUGAGGAGUGUGUGACACCAGCCUUUGCAUAAGUCCAUCCCCCUGACACACCCCGUACUGGGAAUCUGUUAGCACAUCACAACAGUCGCAAGGUGCAGUAAAACCAGUUGUUUGGUUUCCGUUUCUGCCUGUACAGUCCUCUAUGGUUACUUUCUUUAUUUCCUUUUAAGCAUUGUUGAUCUACACUGAAGAGUGAAGAGCUGACCAAAGGUGUGUCAUGGCUGAUCAAAAGAAUGAAGAGGAGAACCUGACAUCCAACAUAAAGCAAUGCCAUAGGGAGGAAACUGUAGAGUCUGUGGAUGCCAGCGAUAAUGCCUGCGAUGAGCAAGAAACAAACACACCUGGAAGACCAUGCAAGCCUUAUCCAUUUUGUAGGUACCAUGAUACAUACAGAUACAUGGAGAGCAGCGUUCUUGAUAUUACAGAAUCAGGUGCCUCAGACUUGAUUGAACCCUGCCAUGAGUACAAAGGGUUUUACAAUACACCAGAUGAAUUUCAAAUGAUCAAAUUCAGGUAUGAGGUUAUUCGCUUCGCAGCUGCGUGCAUGAAUUGCCGCACCAAUGGUACUAUACAUUUUGGAAUAAGGGACACGCCUCACGGUGAAGUCUUGGGAGUUGUUGUUAAGAUCAAAGAAGCUUAUGAAAAGACAUUACGACUUGCCAUUGAUAAGCAUUUUGAGUACAAAGAGAUCGCUCAAAGAUGCAUCAGACCUGUUCGAUUUGUUGGGGUUCUCAAUAAGAGUCAGACAUCGUCUGACAAAUGUGUGAUAGAAGUGGACAUAGUUCCUGACUCUACAAUCUGUGAAGAAAAGUUCUACCACACAUUCAACAACACAAAACAAGUAAAAGAAAUGGUCAAAACUAAAUCAAAACAGUUCUAUGUACGAGAUGGUGGGUCCACUGAGAAUCUCCUUGCAUUACCCAAACCUAAGAAGUAUAAACAGUUUGUUGACAGCAUGAAACAACGAUCACAACUCCGAAAACAAGCUGAACAGAAACACCUAGUUACUAAAGAGAAUUAUCAAGGCAUUCAAUUAAUUGAGAUGAUAACCGGUGGAUCGCUCUCUUUAGAUAAGUCACACUUUGAGCGUUAUGUGAUAGUAACUAACAAAGCACAUUCAAGCCACUUUGAAUCACUAGAGUUUCUUGUAGAACUCAAUCCAACAGCAGUUUUGGACUUUGAUCCAGAAACAGCUAAAGAUGGAUUAGAGUGUCACUUCGAACAGCAGAGUCCAGUAAGUGUCCAUUUACCAGCACAGUAUAAAAUCACAGGACCAAUUGAGGACAUCGCAAACAAUUUGAAAUUAACUCGAAACACCAGCUGGGUAUGCUGCAAUGGCGGUAUUGAGAAUGAGGCACCCUCAGACAUAGACCAGUGGUUGAUGGACAAGGGAGCCUCGGUUCGAGAUGUGAUUUCUUUCUUGUGUCGGAAAGAUGUGCUUCCAAACAAGAGAUUCCUCGUCAUUUUCUUACUUUGGUCAAUGGUGAGUGAGAAGAUCGACCCACUUGUUGAGACCUUCAAUACAUUUUGUCAGGAGCUCGGAGGCAAAGACCAGAUCCUUUGUAUAUGUGAUAACAAAAAUGCAUUUACCUCCUGGAAAGACCUAAUCGAGGCUAGGUGCGGAAUCGACAUCUCUGAUAGAUGUAUAUUUGAGCUCAGUUUUGCUGAAGUCAAUGGCACUAUCCUUAGUCUUUCGUCAAAAAACCGAAGAUCCAUCCGUUUCCUACCCUGUGGUCAGGGAAGCAGAGUGCUUCUUGAGAAGAAAGUGGAGCAUAGCCUGAACACAUUAGAGGUUCUGUGUGUGAACCAAUGUGAAGGUGGAAACGAGGACAAAAUUGUCAAAGAGGAGAACUUCUACAGAGGAGGCAAAGUGUCAUGGUGGAAUUUUUAUUUCUCAGAGCAUCCUGAACAAAUUCUUAUCAAACGAAACAAAAUUGACUUCAUAGAAAAUAAAGUCAAACAAAUUUUGUGCUCACAGACGAAAGCCUGCGUGUUGUUCAACCUCCUCCAUGUACCUGGUUGUGGUGGAACAACUUUGGCCAUGCAUACUUUAUGGGCUCUCAGGGACAGAUUCCGUUGUGCCAUCCUUAAAGACAACAACGCAGACUUGGCUGAAGUAGCAGAUCAAGCGGUCAAACUUUUAACGUAUGUCCAUAAGGAGCAAUUACCACAGGCCCCUGUUAUGCUAAUGAUAGAUGACUUUGAUGAUAUGGAAAAAGUAUCAGAGUUGCAGCAGCUCAUUGAAAACGAAUGUGAGAGGAAAAACAUUCAGUCUAAGUCUCCACAGGUGUUCCUCCUGAACUGCAUGAGGUCAGAGUCUCCUGAGCUGACUGGAACAACUAAAGAUACUGUACUAGUAAUCCUUAAAAAUGAGCUCUCUGAUGAGGAGCAGAAAAAGUUUUCACUAAAAGAAACUGUAGAAACAUUCUAUAAAUUCAUGCUCAGUAAGAAGAACUUAAAGCCAGAGUAUAUUAAGAAAGUUGUCCACAACACUCUGAGGAGCUUCAAUAUCAACCAAAAGCUUUCCCAACUCCUGGCUUUUUUAACUCUUUUGACUGCGUACUGUGAGGAUGCCUCUCUCCCUGUGUCUCUGUGCCAGGAAUUUCUCAGUUUGCACCCUAAACCCAUUUGUGGAACUGGAAGAGUACAAGAAGGAUUUGGGGAGUUUUCUAAUUUAAUUUGCUGUACCACAGUUAAGGGUGAGUUAGGACAAAGAGCUGUAAAGAUGAUCCAUCCAAAUUUCACAAAGUACUGUCUGCAGGAACUUGAAACAACUCACAAAAUGACAAAGGCUGACAUUACCAACCUACUACUGACGACAGAGAAGUUUUAUGAGAACACGGAUGGCAGAGGAAAACUCUGGCAAGAUGUUUACUACAUUUUAAUGGGUAGACAUUUAGUGAAAGAAGCCUCUCCAAUCAAUUUAUGCAUCCAGCCAUUAAUUGAGGUUUUCAAGUCUGAUCUGAAAUCUCUCCUAGCAAAGUUAAAACCAACAAAAAUCUCUCGUCUAAUUCAAGAUAUUGAAAGUGAAACUCCAGGGUUGGUAGAGAUGGUACUUCAGAAUGCAUUAAAAAGGUUUCAGAAUGAUGCCAACAUUGCUCAGUUACUAGAUUCAAACUCAAGCCAAAGAAGGAGGAUUUCAAGUAGCAUAUGUGGAAAAAUGCAGAGAUACUUAACAACUUUGUCCAGUACAGAGAUGACAAACCAAGACCUGAAAUGCAGUGAAAAUCACUUUAAUUAAAUUGGUAUAAUUCCCUUAAGUGUUGGGCCACUGGGUGACAAUAGUGUGGUUUGGGUAGCCAUGUUUGUUAUUGACCUAUUAAUCCCCUGUUAGGUUACAGUAAAAUGACUCUUUCCCAAUAGGGGGCUUGUCAUUUAAAUGUUUAAUGUGGCUGCAAACGUGGGUAGAGCAGUUGUCUCGGGAGCACAUCCCUGGCUACAGAGGGUCGCUGGUUUUCCAGUUACUUCUCUGUUCCAGUGGUUUUCACUGCAUAAGUACCCCCCACAAGUAGUGGCACGAAGACUAGGGUUGAGUUGAGAUAGUUAGUCUUAUGUCAGAUAGAUAGGGCUGGGGAGGGUCUCUGUUUUUUGUGGUGGCUGUCCCCUAACUUAUACUUAAAGAGAUAAAUAAUAUAGUACAAUAUAUUGAUUCUUGUCAUCGGCAAUCUGUUUUCUUUCUUUGCACUGUCCACUUUGCUGCUGUGAUGCUGGAAAUUUCCCCACUGUGAGACUAAU